GGCGUGUGUUUUUCAAUGGGGGCGGAAAAAAAGAUGGAGAGGAGAUACAGUGGAGUGUAAAGUGUACACACUCUGGAGCUGCUGGAGAGAUGAAGAGAGCGCUUAUUUACGGGUUCUACGUGGCGGCUCUCGCGCUGCUGCUGACGGGGCUGCGCGAGCUGCUGUUCGGCUUCGAGGAGAACCGGUGCAGCAUGACCUACAUGUUCGAGUAUCCCGAAUACCGGCGUGUCCAGCUCCCACGGCGCGUGGCACGUCAGUACCCUGCCUAUGGACUCUACCUGUAUGGUGAAGGUCUGUACGCUCAAGAAACUCGAAAUCUCAAGCUCAGCGGUGCUCCGGUGCUCUUCUUACCUGGCAACGCAGGCAGCUACAAGCAAGCUCGAUCUCUGGGCUCUGUGGCGUUGAGGAAAGCCGAGGGCUUGGAAGGAGGGAUCCACCUGAACGUCUUCACCAUCGAUUUUAACGAGGAGCUGGUGGCCCUGUAUGGUGGAAGCCUGAGCCGACAGACUCACUUCCUCCACGAGAGCAUCAAGGUCAUCCUGCAGCUGUACAAGAACCAUCCUGAUCCUCCGAGCAGUGUGGUGUUAGUGGGUCACUCUAUGGGUGGUGUGAUCGCACGAGCUCUGUUCUCCCUUCCUCGCUUUAAUCCUCGCCUGGUCAGCCUCAUCCUCACCCAGGCCUCUCCUCACCAGGCGCCGGUUCUCUCCUUGGAUCCCUUCAUACUCAAUUUCUACUCAACGGUCAGGCGGCGCUGGAGUGCCAGAGCAGAGGACCUGCGCAACGUGACCGUGUUGUCUGUGGGCGGUGGAUACCGUGACUAUCAGGUUCGCUCAGGCCUGACCACGCUGACCUGCCCUGUGGAUGACCACAACAAGAUGGCUGUCGUGGUGACUGCCGUUCCUAGGACCUGGGUCUCUACUGAUCACCUGUCCAUCGUGUGGUGUAAGGAGUUGGUGCUGGCCACAGUGCGGGCAUUCUUUGACCUGAUUGAUCCUGAGACUGGGCAGUUUUCAAAGGAUACAGAGAAAAGGACAUCUGUACUGAAUCAUCACUUCAUCCGCCACCCGGUGCGGCUCCCUGGCGAGCAAAUCAGCACACCAGUCAGCUUCUCAGGCUCCCUGGAAGCCUGGAGUGAAGUGAACACACUCCGUCUGUUGUACAGUGCUCCCAAGGAAGUUCAAGUUCAGUACUUCCUGUUUGCGCUCAGCAGCCGGAGGAAAGCUUACACACACUUCUACUGCCGCAACAGCAACCUGGAAAUGUCCAGCUGGCUCUUUGGCUGCACUCAGAUGAACGGCUCUGUGUGUGAGCAAGCAGUAGAUUUGUCUCUCAGAACAGAACUUCUUCCAGCUUAUAAGGUCCUAACUGUGAAGUUGAGUGAGCUGUUUGGCAUCUCUCAUCUACUCAUCGAUGCCUCAAACCUCAAUACACGACAGUUUAUAGUGGAGUGUGAGUGGCAGAGAGAAGAAAGCCUGACCAUCCCAGUUCCUGUUCCUCAUGUUCUCUCUUUCGGUUUAACAGUAAGUGAUGUCACCAUCAACUCUUCCAGGCUACUGCACACACUCCAACUGCAACACUUUCACCAGGUUUAUCAGGCCUUUAAAAUCACAGUAAGCAGCCAGUGCAAGGUUACCAAAGAAAGACUGCCCAAUAUCUACAGAUUGAAGGUGCCUUGGUUUCAAGAAGAUUCCUUCGUCACUGCAGGCAUUCCCUCAGUCACGGAGAUUAGCGGCAUGCUGCACACUAGCCGCAAAGACAACACCUCAAGUGCCCUCUUACAGCUCCACGCUGCCCCCAACUGCCAGUACAAGAUCUCAGUGCGCGCCUCCUUCCCUAAAGUGCUCGGACAGAUCCUGCGUUUCUGUGGCCCUGCGAUGCCUGUGUAUGUGGCUGUGAUGCUGCUGCUCGCUUUAAAGAGGCAGCUGUCUUCUGUCCUGCGAACGGGUCGAGCUGUGAACACGAGUGACACCGUAGCUAAAAGUUUACAGCUACAUAAACUUGAGCCUCCUGUUCUGCUUCUGCACCUAGUUCUCAGACAGGGCUGGUUUCAGGAAGGCUGGUCUGCACUGGGUCUUCCUGCAGUAGACAUCUUGCCUCUAGCCCCAUUGGAAGACCUGUCCCAUGAUGCAGUGGGGCCAGGACAGGACUGGCCCCGCCUUGUUUCACCUUUUCUGUGCAUUCUGGGUGCUGCAGUGGCCUUCUGGGGAAGUGCUGUUCUCAGCAUGUCUUUACGCGCCCUGUCCUUCCUCUUGGCCCCACUUCACAGGCCUUCAGUCUCUCGUCACUGUGGCACCCUUCAUUUUCCUGCUCAGAUCCUCCUCAUCCUCAGUCUGACUGCGCUGGGCGGAGUCACCUGUGGAGCCCUGUCAGUCACUGUCAGCUUUCUGCUCCACCUCUACAGGGUUCUUAGAUUACAGAUGACCGAGAGGUCCUUAAGUCACAUGCUGAACCUGGCACCACAAAGCAUGCAGCAGAACACAGAGAACGGCUGCAGCACUAGUGAAGGCCAAAGGAAGCAAAGCGAAUGUAAUGGCACCUCACUCCUCUCUGAGUCGGCACUACAGGAGGUCAGAGAUGACCUGCAGCUUCACCUGAACAUGUCUGCACUGCUCGCUCUACCUGUGAUGCUCAGUGCUCCUUCGCUCAUCUACUGGAGCCGAAACUUCCGGUAUUCGGUUCAUCUGGAUCCAGACCCAUUCUGGCCACACACAUUGCCUCUGCUCAUCGCCUCUGUUCUACUCGUCAACUGCAAUACGCUCACUCUGAGCCGCAGUAAGCUGAUGCUGUGGCCAACCUUGCGCCUUCUGCUUCCUCUGAGCGUUGCCAUGUUGACCUUUUCUACUCUUCAUCUGUAUCGGGUCACUCACUUCCUGUCUGUUGCUCUGACGCUGCUGGCGGCUUCCUGUUACCUUUGACCCCCAUCUCAGCUUUCCGGAGCAGACCAAAACAGCCUUAGCAUGUCCUCGCAUUGGCGGUUCCCUGACAGUGGAUUGAAAUCAUGCCAAGGUCAUGUGACUUCAUGCUGCUGAACAGGGUAACCGAGUCCCAUACAGAGUCACGCUGUCUUUAUUUGAUAACUCUUUCUCUUUGAUAUACAUGGGAUCAUAACGGUUGACCAGCCAGCACUUGGCUCAACCUGCUUGUUCUGCCUUUGGGUGUUUAUUUCUUUUGCUUCCAAUUGUGUGCCUGUGUAUUUAGCCUUAAAUCAUAUAAGUAUCCGGUAUGUGAUUUAUAUGUUUUCCGGAGCUAGCUUGUCUUACCCAAUACGUCGUGCAACACAUUCACCCACAUGGUGGCAGUGCGUGCUUUGUUUUUUUGUUUUUUUUUUUGUUUACCUUCCAGUCCAGACGAGCACAACAACCUUCUGAAGAUGCAAACUGUCAACAAAUCCUCCAGCUUCAUUAAUGUCUUACAACAUGCCCACAUUUUCACUGUUUCUCUAAAUUUACCUCAAAUGUUAGUUACUCAGCCAGGACACGAUGUCUGAACUAGGAAUGAAAAGCUGUCUCAGUGAAAAUCUUUUUCAGCAACAUCCGCAUCCUCUUCCUUGCCUCAAAAAACAAACAAACAAAAAAAAAAAAUCACCAUGUAGCUGAACAUUGAGAUUGUAAUGAUGUAUACAGGUUUGCGGACAUACUAUAUAUUCUUUUCAGCUGAAAUGUAUGGAGCCUUGUAGCUCUGGUACAGAACUAAAGAAGCAGAUGUCAAGAAUCUUAACUGAUUGAUUUGGGGUAAACGGAGAAAAGUGUUGAAAUCUUAAACAUGGCAUUUUAUAGCCUAUGCCACUUUGCACUGCUAGACUCCCUCACUGUCAGUUUGGUUUUUCCACUGCUCCAUAGAGUGAUUUUACGUUUUGAAGAGUACACGUAUCCUGUAUGUACAGUAUUUAUUCAUAACACGAUAAGGUCUGUUUACUAUUUAAAGCAGGGCCUUCUUUCAUUCUAUGUACGUGCCUGUGUUUAAAAAAUAGACGUAUUCGAAGCCAUGCUCAUGCUUUAGAGUGUGUACAAGGUGACGUGAUCGGAGUAAACGUGUCCGUAGGGCUCUCGUCUUUUUCUUUUUUCUCGCGUUACUCUUUAGACAACGUGGGCUUCCACUGCAGGAUCUCCGCUGUCGCUCUGCGUUAAGGAUCAGCACGCGCCAAAUCGUCCCAGUCACUCAUCCAAUCCGAUUGAGAUCCAGUGCCUUUCUUCAUGCCCUGUUCACCAAUAAGGACAGAUCAGUGAUUGUCAGUUAGACCAGCGUUCAUGAUUUGCUUCAUAGGACCAAGUUCACAAAAACCCACUCCUGAGGAACGACAUGCUGGUGUGUCACCUGCACUGUGAAUGUAUUUACUGUGUGCGUGUGUGUGCACCUGAGUGUGUGAGAGUGUGCAAAAGUGUGUGUGUGUGUGAGAGCAUGAGCACGAGUGUGCAUGCAAAUGUGAGCGCGAGUGUGUGCACAGGUAUGUGAGCGUGUGCGAUAACGCGUGAGUGUUUGUAGGCCUGGAUGUUAAUCGGUGUUGCCGUGUGCUUACUUCUUUUACGUGGUGAAAUCUAAAAUCCAAGCAGGUUUCAUUUUCUAGUGAAUUUUUUGCCUAGGGGUUUUGUAUAGAUGUGGAUGUUUGUGAUCUUUUUAAAUUGGUGUACACUGUGACUUGCUGUGAUUGUGAUGUUAUCUCUACACCAUCAGGUCUGACGGCGGCAAAAAAAGUCACCAUGUUACGUGGUGAAGAAUAAAACGUUCACAAUUUCACCUUUAACCAAAACGGCAGUCGAUCGGCAGAGAGAUGUUUGGUCGUUUUUCCAGAGUUUGAUUAUUUAGAAUCGCAAUGUCAUUGUUACUGUAGAGAAGUCUGCCGUUAACCGUGGAUUAGGACAGAGUGCUGACUAGAAACAUAGACAUUAAGCCCCGCCUCCUAAACCUCGAAUGCUGGACAUGGUGGACGAUAACAUUAGUCAUUAAACAUAAAUGUAUUUUCCCAACUAGAUUACAAAUCUGUUAAAUAAAAUUGAGAUGAUGUAGGUUAACACGGUUAUUAGAAACAUGCGUAAGACCUAUAAAGGAUUUAUUAUUCCAUAAACCUCAGACACCAAACAUGUCUCAGCUGCUCGACUCCGAGUAAAGGAGAAAUUGUGCAAAAUCAAAUGAUUCCUUUAACAGUUUGUUGCCAUGCGCUCACUAAAAUACGCUGUUUUGUGUGGAAACAGAUCCUGCUCUUGCGUAUUGUAGAAAUCUAGCGGAAAUGUGUGUAGUUGUUCUCCUGCGACCACGAAUCUGGAACAGUUCACAGAUUAAACAUCUCACAAGAUCUCACAACAGGUGAUCGAUUUCACUCAGCUCCUAGUUCAGUAGUGAGGCAAUUGGCCAUUUUAAGGUCAUCCUUAGAGUACGCUGGAACGUUCGCUCUCUACAAAAUCCCAUGAUGCACCAGAAAAACCAUGGAGCAUUGACGAGAACCAUGUUCCCUUACUGGAAAUGACGUGUCAGAAGCCUUUCAGCUUGAGGAAGAAAAAAAAGGCAGAUGAAACUAGUCGAGGAGAGCUGUAAUGUUUUGAGUUUUUGCACUGGUGACUGAUGAGGAAAUUAGAAGUCAUCAGUUGUGUAGUGAAUCUGGAUAGUCGCUCCAACUCGUCUACACCAUAUACAGACUCGCCACCUAGGGAGCUAGAGAGCUGAUUGAGACACAGCCUAAUAGAUCUGUCUCCAAAUGUCAACACCACAUUUCCUGGAAUGAACCUUCUCUUUUUUCACCAAAACGUAGCUUUAACUCUUCACAUUACAAACAGCUGAAGCAAUACGCAGGUACAAAGGGUUUAACUCCAGAAUUAAAGCUUACAAGCUUUCCGGUCUGAAACAGAGAAAGGAAGUCGAAGUGAUUAGCCUGUAUAGGGGCUAGUAGAAUUAUUUUAUUAUCGACUCGCCCGGCAGCUCACUGCCUCAUGAACCAAAAUUCUGUUAUGGCGUACCAAAAUUAGGUUAGCGUGCCAUGCGGACGACUUCAUAAGACUGUAUUAAACUGAAUGUUCGUGCUGGAAUUAAAUAUUGGCAGGUAGUUAUGGUGUUGAUAUAAAAUAAUCUGAUGCAUUACUGGGGUUUUGUUUUUCCUUUUAUUAAUUAAGUUUCUUAUGGAACUUUGGUAUUGAAUCAAUCAGCCCAUGUACCUUGAUUAAGCUUGGUGUUUACAGGACAGUAGGAUUGUAUUAUUCUGAAGAACAAAUUAGAGACCCAACACCUAGAGUUAAAGUUUGACUUGCUUUUCUUUUGACGUGAAAAGGCCUUUCCCCUGUGCCGCUGUGAUUGUGUUUGUGUGUGUGUCUAUAUAUACACGUACACACACACGUACUCUAUUCUUCACAGCAAACAGACGGCUAACGCUUUAUUAUUAUUAUUGUUCCACGAAUGAAGGCCUCUUUAAGCUACAGCACUUGUGGUUCUACUGUCUAAACCUUUAAUUAUUUCUUAUUAGCCAAGAACGCUUUAUCAGCCGUUUGUUAUGUUAGCGUGAAUUCGUAAAUGCUGCCAAUGACGGAAUAACAGUUCAAUUAUUUUUUUCAUUUCUUUUUCAUAAAGGUGUCUUUUUUGCUAUUUAGUGCAGCGAAGUUUAAGGAAGCAUUGUCUACCGUUUGUUUUAAUAGCGAUUUCUUGAACCUGACAGAGCGUACGAUCAAACAAAGCAAACGUUCAAACCCUCAAAUUUCUGUAGUUCUGUAAUCAAUUAAGUGCUAGACUACUGCUGAUUGUUGCCAAGGUCCCGAGUGACCCAGCGAACUCUGUUCAUUCUCAGGAUUUAUAAUGUUGUGUUGUGGAUCUGUGUGGUGGCUUUUAAUGUUAAUGUGUUUUGUUUUUUUGUUUUUUUUUUAU